AUGGCGACCCUUCGUCUAUCUCCUCAGCAGGGAAUACCGUCAGUUCUCUAUCAGCUGUACUUCGCUGGCAUGUCUUACAUCAGAGGAAAAUAUUACCUAUGGGAACUGAAGGAAGCAUGGAAGAAUUCUCGAUAUGCCCAGGAACAGUUUCUUAUGAGAGUCCUCGAGGAAAAUGGUGACACCGACUACGGAAGGAAGUUUAAACUCAAGAACGUCCAGAGCGUAGAGGACUUCCGCAAACGUCAUCCGUUGACAACCUAUGAAGAUUACAAACCCUUUGUAGAGCGCGCGAUGGCUGGAGAGCGCGGUGUUAUGACACAGGCGUUGCCAGAUGCGUUCAUCCAAACUUCCGGUACGACUGGUCCCUCAAAGUAUUUCCCUCGGAGAAAUAACAAGCAUUCCUUGACAAAAACCUAUGAUAUUAUAUACACCGAUAUACACAACCUCUGUCCACGCUUGGGACUUCUGCAAAAGAAAGUAUUCCUCUACGUUCAUCCAGAAAUUUCCACUACUCCAAGUGGAGUCAGUAUCAGGUCUGCUAUGGCAUUUUAUGAAGAGGAUGGCUUCGUUGGGACAUGCUAUAGCACACCACCUGCAGGCUUUCUCAUUCAUUCCCUCAACGAAGCGAACUAUGUCCAUCUCUUGUUUGCUCUACUCGAUCCAAAUAUUGGUGUAAUUGGUUGCUCAUUUUUAGGUAGUAUUGACACCAUGAUGAGACAGCUUGAGAGAUGGUGGGAAGAUAUUGUCUAUGAUAUAGAGCAUGGAACAAUCAAUGAGAAGGUGAAAUUUGACGAUGCUGCCAUUAGGUCAUCCCUUGAACGGAAUCUUGGUAAUGGUCAACCGGAGAGGGCGGGUGAGCUUCGAUGUCAGUUCAUGAACGGAUUUGACUGUAGCAUCAUGAGAAGGCUUUGGCCGAAACUUGAAGUUCUUCAGGCCAUAGAUAAUUCUGAUGUUUGGCCGGAUCUCAGAGAAAAAUAUGCUAAAGGUACCCAACUGAAACAUGUUAUAAUCUUGGUGCAAAUAUUCUUCUUUCGGCAGUCAAAUGAAUAUCACGAGUUUUAG